AAAUAGCGUCAGAAGGAUGUGGGAGAAGAGAGAUGUUGCUGCCAGUGGAAAAAGAACAAUGUUGAGGCAACUCUCCCCUGUUUAUCUUCAGCGCAGGCUUCCAGUCUGGGGAUUACAGGCACAUUCCCUUUGGAUUUCUUGCUCACUGAAGGAUGCUCUGUUCUGACGGCACUCCUGCCGUACCAACAGCGAGGACUACUGGACUUUUUUCACUGUUUCCACCUACCUGCCAGAGAGCCACUGAUCUAGCUAGCCAGAGGAGCCCAUGGAGUCCAUCCCUGUGGUAGAUGGUCCACAUCCCAUUUGUGCUUGGCAAUAGACUGUGAGGCAAAGAGAUUAGAAACAUUUGCAGCCGAUCAGCUCCAUGGUUUUCUGACUUUAUCAAGGCUGUGAUUUUUGGCAUCUGAUAAAGAGAUGACCCAGGAACAGUGCCCUCAUAGAAACAAUGUCCAAAAUACUGAAAAACUGCAAGUGUAUAAAGUGGGGAUCUACGGUUGGCGGAAACGUUGCCUUUACUUCUUUGUCCUACUCCUCAUGAUCCUCAUAGUGGUCAACCUUGCUCUUACCAUCUGGAUCCUCAAAGUUAUGAACUUCACUAUAGACGGUAUGGGUCACCUGCGUAUCACAGAAAGAGGCCUGAAACUGGAGGGCGAUUCAGAAUUCCUUCAGCCGCUGUAUGCCAAAGAAAUCCAGUCCAGACCAGGAAGCCCAUUGUUCCUGCAGUCUUCUAAGAAUGUGUCUGUCAACAUCCUCAAUGAGAAGAAGCAAUUAGUAUCUCAACUCGUUGCAGGUUCUCAUGGAGUUCACGCAAGGGGCAAAAUGCUGGAGGUAAAAUCAAGUGCAGGAAAGCUGCUCUUCUCUGCUGACGACCAUGAGGUGGUAGUUGGUGCAGAGAGAUUACGAGUUAUGGGAGCUGAGGGUGCCGUGUUCAGCAACUCAGUGGAGACCCCGCACGUGAGAGCUGAGCCCUUCAAAGAGCUACGGCUGGAGUCUCCUACACGUUCCCUAUACAUGGAGGCACCUAAAGGAGUGAAAAUAGAAGCCGAUGCAGGUGAUUUCCAAGCAACCUGUAGGAGUGAUUUACGCCUGGAGUCAAAAGAUGGAGAGAUCAGCUUGGAUGCCAAGAAAAUCAAACUUCUACGUCUGCCAGAGGGAAAAGCCUCCCCCUCUGGAACUAGACAGACUGUCUUUGAGGUGUGUGUCUGUCCCAAUGGAAAACUCUUCUUAUCACAAGCAGGAACUGGCUCCACUUGCCAGAUCAGCAGCAACUUAUGCCUCUAGAUAUUCAUAAGAUCCCUUCCACACAUGCACACAAUUACAAUACACUCAUACAUACAGAGGACUCGUUUCUCUUGAAGAAUCCAGUGUUGACAAGAACUAAAAAGGAUUUACUCAAGAUCCAUGAAAAUACUUUGUAAAACAAUGUUUGAAUGAAAAACUUUCAAGGUGAUCACCAGAAAACCAUUCAACACAUCAUGACAGUCACCAUUCCGAUGCAUACCUCACUUUUACUCAUUAAAGUCCUUUUUUCAAUCAGAAUCAAUAUAUUUUUUGCUGAGGAAAGUACUGUGGGUGCUUUAUCUUGUGUACACCACAUAAAUAUGACAGUUUUCUUCUGUCUUGAGGUCAAAACUAUUUGUAACAUCAUAUUUUGUAUUAUUACCCAAGUUCUACAUCUACAGUCCUCCAUCUGGGAUGCCUCUCAUGACGUGAUCACCUAUACCCAAACUGUGCUUACACUGGGAUAUAACCCAUGCACCCACUCUGUUCAAAAAGAACAGCGCCUGUGCCUUAAUUCAAUGCACUCGUGGCAAGAAGCACACCCCACUGACUUUUAUUUAGACAAUGAGACUUGCAUUUAAGUUACUUGCCUUUUGCUCUCACAAAUUAACAACAUUUUUAUGCAGCUUAAUUGCAUAAAAAAUGUUGAGAAACCAGUGACCCCAAACUCAUGCAGUAUGUGCUAAUUUCUGCUUUAAUUUGUAAAAGAGAUUAUAAUAUUUCAGAUUUUGUUUCAAGAGAAAAGAAUAUUUCAGAUUUUGUUUCCAAGUUUGUUAUUGGCUUGCCACACAAUGAAGAAAGGCUAAGACUGGGGGAAACACUUUCUUUAUAUGUGGAUGUUUUUUAAUGUUUUUGUGUGUGUGUUAAGAAUUUUGCUCUUAUUGUACAAUUGACCUCUAAAAUGUGCUAAACAAACCAGAGACAUUCAAACCAAAAAGCAAAGCUGUCAUUCUGUUGUAUAAAAAUAAGCUUUUGUAGGAAUUGAACAUUCACACUUCCCAAUUCACAAGAUUGUGUUUAUACAUACACCACCAGUCAAAAGUUUUUGGACAGUAAGAUUUUUAAUUUUUUUUUUUUUUAAAAGAAGUCUCUUCUGCUCACCAAACCUUUAUUUAUUUAAUCCAAAAUACAACAAAAGCAGUAAUAUUGUGAAAUAUUUUUACUUUUUUAAAAUAACUGCUUUCUAUUUGAAUAUAUUUAAAAAUGUAAUUUACUCCUGUGAUCAAAGCUAAAUUUUCAGCAUUAUUACUCCAGUCUUCAGCGUCACAUAAUCCUUCAGAAAUCAUUCUAAUAUGCUGAUUUACCGAUCAAGAAACAUUUAUUAUUAUUAUUAUUAUUAUUAUUAUUAUUAUUAUACUUUCUAUUCAUUAAAUUAAAAAAAAAAAAAAAAA